UAUCGCUCAAUUGAUACUUAUUCGAUACCGCCGAUACUAGACGGAUACUUUGAAACCAUUGUUGAGGGAGAGAAUAGGAAUUGUCCGACGUUGAGCUCACCGGCCGCCCCCCUAUAGAAUUAGUGUCGUAUUCGUGUCAUAGUUGGAAACCGGUUUUGACUAUGGCGGCAGCCACUCGAGUGGAGUCUUUCACCGGAGUCUCUCUCUCUCUCUCCUAUUCUGUCUCUCGCUCUGGCUCUCGCGCGCAGUGUUCUUGAUACUCGCUGCUUGCUUGCUUAAACUCCGGUGAAAACCAAAACUAAAAGCUCAAUGGAUGAGAUAGAGCACAAGUACGUUGAUGUAAGAGGGCUCAAGCUUCACGUCGCCGAUAUCGGAAGCGGCCCCUCAGUGGUGUUGUUCUUACAUGGGUUCCCAGAGAUAUGGUAUUCGUGGAGGAACCAGAUGAUCGCCGUCGCUAAUGCCGGACUCCGGGCAAUAGCACCGGAUUUCAGAGGCUAUGGACUCUCCCAGCUGCCUCCUGAACCCGAGAAGGCAACAUUCAAGGACCUUAUUGAAGAUCUCCUCGCCAUUCUCGACUUUUUCUCCAUUCCCAAGGUUUUCAUUGUUGGGAAAGAUUUUGGAGCCCGUCCUGGUUACUUGUUCGCAGUUCUCCACCCAGAGAGGGUUUCGGGAAUGGUAACAUUGGGUUCGCCAUACAGAACCUCUCGUUCAUCCCUUUUACUUGACCUUCCUGAAGGCUUCUACAUUUCGAGAUGGCAGAAACCUGGACGAGCUGAAGCAGAUUUUGGUCGCUUCGAUAUUAAGACUGUAGUGCGGAACAUCUACAUUCUCUUUUCAGGAAGUGAAAUACCAAUAGCUGCUGAGGAUCAGGAGAUCAUGGACCUGGUGGAUCCUUCUUCUCCUCUACCAACUUGGUUCACUGAGGAAGAUCUUGCAGUCUAUGCAUCAUUAUAUGAAAAAUCUGGAUUCCGUACUCCUUUGCAAGUCCCCUAUAGGGCCAUACUUGAACAAUUUAACUUAACUGACGUAACAGUCAAAGUUCCUGUAUUGCUGAUCAUGGGUGGAAAAGACUUCGCCCUCAAAUUCCCAGGAAUGGAGGACUACGUAAGGAGCGGAAAGGUGAAAGACUAUGUCCCUGAUUUGGAGAUCAUAUUCUUGCCCGAAGGAACGCAUUUUGUUCAGGAGCAAUUUCCAGAUCAGGUGAAUCAGCUCGUCCUAAACUUCCUCAAGAAGCAUACUUGCUCUACUUCUCAGUGAUGUUUGUAGAAGAUUGAUUGACAUCUCAUGGACACUUGAAAUAUGUAAUAAUCAGAGUUCAACAAAACGUGAAAUUGUUAGAAUAAGGAUUAAUGUGCCACAGCACAUUGGGGCUUCACCCCUUUACCGA